AUCAUUUGUUGCUAUGGUAACCCGAGGCGCCAAAGAUUCAACAUGGCUGCGUGCUGGUUCGUGACUGGUUCGAAGGCAAUAAAACUCUAAAUAUCUCACUAAUUCCCGGCGAUGAAUAUGCCGAUUUCUCGUCUUGUAGCCUAUCGAGCCAUAGAAUGAAAUCUAAGGUAAAUGGACCACUCUGGGGAUUCAGGAAAAUUGAAUUCUACGGCUGUCGAACAAGAAGGACGAAUUGUUUACGGUGAGCUCGUGCAAGUUCUGGAACUCUCGGAAAAGAUUGCAAAGUCGGCAUUAGACGAAACCAUGGCGGAAUUACAAAGCCAACAGGACUCUGCAACUUCAGAAAUGUCUGGUGAGCAAUCAAGAGAUGAAAAUGAAAAAAACAAUGAUGAUGAAAAGUUGAAUGGUGAUAUCAAUGGCCAAGAAGAAGAAGCAAAUAAUGAUGAUACAGAACAUGAAAGGAAUCUGAUUCAGGAACCAGCAAACAGCUCAGAACCACAGAAUGAGGACCCUUCAAGUGAAGAUAAAGACUUUGCGAUUGCUAAUGGGGUGUCACCCUCAUUGUCAGCCUCACCAUCUGAAGAUGAAAGUAUUGUCAAUGAUAAUAAGGAUAAAAGCAGUACAGUCAAGGAAGACAAGAUAACAACAGAGAACAAUGACAAUUUACUUGAGAGGAUAGAACAGGAACUGAUCACUAUCAAACAGGAGAAGGAAAUGUUUGAAGAAAUGCUAUUACAAGAAAAGCAGAAAAGCAAGGAUUUAGCAAGUAGUGAGGAAAAUCUGCAAAACCUGAACAAAACUCUCCAAGAUGAGUUGAACAGCAAAAAUGAAGAGAUAGGAAAGUUGAGACCGAUGUUGACAGAGCGUGAUUCAAUGAUUGCUGAACUAAGGUCAGAACUUGCAACCUUCCAAGAAAACAAAAAUAUGCUGUCGUCUACUUUAGAGGAUACAAGGAAUGAGCUUGAUGGUGUCAAAGGAGAAUUGGAAAGUCAGGAACACACCCUCAGAGAGUUAAAAGAGAAAGUGCAUGCAUUAGAAGAAGAAAAUGGCGAAAAAGAGCAAGAGAUUUCUAAGCUAAAGGAUGACCUUGAAUCUGCUAAUUCUGAACUUGGUCGAGUGGGGCAAGUUAAGAGUGUUACAGAGAGUCAAUUGCAAUCAGAUUUGGACAAGACGAAGGCAGAAAUCAGGUUGAAAAAUCAGGAGAUUUCAAAACUAGAAGGUCGCCUCAGCAACUCACAAACUCUUUUUGACAAAUCAGAGACUGAAGGCCUGAAACUUAAAGAGGAAAUCAAAUCUUUAAAGGACAAAAUAAGAUAUCUAGAAAAAAAGCGAGCUUCAGAAAAGGAGAGAAGUCCAGGAUCCACUCCACGAUCAGACUCACAGUCACCAUCACGCUCUAGCUCUGACCAGAUUGACAAGCACUUGUCACUUGAGGCUCAAAGGCGGAGCCAAGAGCGCAUCCAGGAAUUACAACAGAAAGUUAUCCAGGUCAACUGUGAGAAGCAAAAGAUAAAGGGGGACUAUGACGAGGCCGUCAAAGCUUUGGAAGCUGUGGACAAAGUGUAUAGUGUCCGUGAGAUGGCAUUGCAGAAAUACAAGGCAGAACUUGAGGAGGCUAACCAACUUUUAAAGAAAGAUGCAUCUGAGAUUGAGCUCCUUAAGCAGGAGAUUGCCCAGUUAAAGGGAGACUUAUGUCGGGCCGAGGAAAGCAAAGCAGAGCGAGAGGAAUUGAGGCAGCAGAUUGCACGUGCACGCGAGGCAUCGGCGCUGUACAAAGAUGAGCUGGAAACUGUGCGAAAGGACCUUAGCGACCAAGUGCAUGAGGUCAACCUUGCCCAAUCACGGGCAAGAGAACGUGGAAAGAAGAUUCAAAUUAUGGAGCUGGAGAUACGGGAAGUGAAAGAUACUCUGUUGAUCUCAAAGAGCGUUCUUGAAGAGAAGGAGAAGAACAUGUCCAGUAUAAAAGCAUCUCUAGAGGCGGAGAGGAACAAAGUCAAGAAACUGGAGCAGGAGAUAGACGAGUUAUCGUUUGUGAAGAAAAAACUUAAUUACACAGAGGAAGAGAAGGCACGAGUUGAAAGCAAACUUAAGCAAAAAGAACAGGAUUUGAAAGACUCAAAGGAGCGACUUAACAAUCUUAUCAACAAGAAAAAGGAACAAGACCUCGCGAUGGACAGUCUACAAAAAGAGCAAAAGAAACUUCAAAAGCGCUGUGAAGAUCGUGAGGAUGAGAUCCGUCAGCUGAGGCAAAUAAUCGAGGACAAAGAGAGUGACAUUGAGGAACAAGUCAUGGAGCUGAUUCAUCUGCGAGAUCAGAUAGACGAGUUGAACCGCCAGUUGACGGAGAUCUGGGCCUCGUACACGGCUGAUAAGGCUUAUUGGAGAAACAAGGCUGAUCGUUCAUUUACAAGCAGAAGGAGACCAAAAAGUGCGCCUCCAAAACGCUUCAACAAAGUGAACUCCCCUCCUGAGCCGUCUACACACCCCGCCAGUCACAGUAUAUCCCACAGACGGAUCGUUAACAAGCUGGGCGUGUCCCUUAUCAACCCGAGCUACAUCCAGACCCAGCACAAGAAUAUCCCACGUAAGACUCCAUCACCGCAGCCUGAAAACGAGUCUCAAACUCAAACCGAUGAGCCUACUAAGACCGAAGCUACAAAUAAAGACACAAGCCUGGUCCCAAUCAAGGAUGCACAGAAAGAAAGCCCCCCUCGCCUCUCACCACGCCCUCCUGAAACAGCCCACAGCACUACAAAACCACUACGACCGAUGUCUUCAUAUGGAAUGCGGACAUACCCACCGGCAGGGGGUACAGUGGAUGUUGGGCGGGGCUACUAUAGUGAUCGAGAGCCUGAGGAUUUAUGGAUGGAAAGUGGAAGCCUGGCCAGCGGAGACAGCGAGGAGCAGUUUGCAAAGCAUGUGGUGCAUAAAGGGGACAGAGUCAUGAUUCAGAGUGAUAUAGGAGGCGACGGAAUGGUGAAUGUGUCUGGAGUUGUCAAGUACGUGGGAAAAGUGGGCAAAAAAACCGCCACAAGCAGCGUUUACGUGGGACUAAAGCUCGACCAAUCAGUUGAUAAUAAUAAUUGUACGCCCAACGGCAAACGCUACUUCAAGUAUCACUCGAAGAACGGAAAACUCGUGAAGGUGGCUGACGUUCAGGCUUUUAUGCAUCCACGUCUACGAUGAGAAGACCGGGAGACUUGUGGUGACAUGCUUUGAUAACAUGGGCUACCUGCGGUGGCAUAUUCAAACAACAUGGGCUACCUGUGGUGGCUUUUUUUAAAUGGGUUACCUGUGUAUGAUUACACCGGGUGCAUGAUUGCUUGACUAUUUUAUCUCGACGACAUUCGGGUUUUCUGUGGUGUCGUCAUUGUCUUGUUUUGUCCUUAGUUUUACAGAACAACAUCGUGUAACCAAUUUUAUUUAAAGUAUACCGGACCGGUCCUCCUGUGAAUGAUACGGGUACCCUGUGUUUAUUAGCAAGAACAUUUAUGAUCACUCUACGGUCUACGGCUAUUAUGUACCAAUGACAUAUUAUUCGAGAUACCUGUGGUUUUCACUUAAAAAUAUGACGAUUACCGGCUCCCUUGGUUUAUAAGAAACGUAUCAAUAUUUCUUGUAAAAUAAUUCUUUUGUGGUAUUUUUGUAAAAUAGUUUUCAGGAACAAAUUACUGUAUCAUUACGGAAAUAAUUAAUAAACGUUUAUCUUUAUUUGCAA